GUGCAAAAGCAGCAGGAGGCCUCGUCCAAGAGUAUCGAGAUACUCAGAGAGCAGCACCAACAGUCGCAGGGGGCAGUAUUGCAACUCCUUGAGCGAGUUGAAAAGGCCGAUGUGCCGGAGAAGGAGUGCAGCUAUUCACUGCCGGUGAUCCAAUACCGUCUUGAACAGGCGGAUGGCGACCUGUCUCCGCAGGUGCUUAUGGAUGAGGCGGACGAUAUCCUCGACCCGCCGAACGACGAUGCAAAGGCUGGUCACGAGGCCUCGAGGACCUCGAAAUCCUCACCAGACCGGAAGUCAGCCACGAAGAAUGGCAUGAAGAACCUUCAGCUGUCCAAAAACGGGGCGUUGAAGAAGGUUGUUGCCGAGAUGAUGCUGGACACCGGCUCCAAGGAAAAUUUGGAGCUGGCAUCUUGGUGGAAGCGGAUGCGGCGUCGAGCCUUAACCUUCGUGAACUCAAAGCAGUUCGAAGCUUUCACCUGCUGCGUCAUCGUGCUCAACAUGAUGAUGCUUGGGAUCGAAGCCGAAGUUUCCUUGAUCAACGAGAACGAAGAGGUGGUCUGGGCCACCUGGGUGGAACGUAUCUUCUUGGCUAUCUACACGGCUGAAUGUGCUCUGCGCGUUUUUGCGAAGGGCAGCGAGGCUUUCAGGAAUAUGUGGUUCCUCCUGGACUUCUUCUUGGUCAUCGUCGGGGUUCUGGCACUUGUGGUUUUUCCGCUGGUGGGCACUGCCGCGGGCGGCAUCGAGAAGAUUUUGGUCGUCCGCGGUCUACGGCUCCUCCGCCUCGCGCGAGCAUUACGGAUGGUCGGACGACUGAAGGUCAUUUGGCGCCUUGUCUAUGGGCUGAUCACCGCAGGGCAGACGAUGUUCUCCACCACGUUGCUGAUUGGUCUGGUGCUCUUCAUCUGCGGCUGUGUGUCAGUGGAGAUCAUCACCAAAAACAAGGCAUUCUGCCGAGAUCCCACAUCCGAGACGUGUCAAGUGGUGAACAAGCACUUUGCGGACCUGGGCACAUCGAUCCUCACCCUCGUGCAGUUCGUCACGCUCGACUCCAUCGCCGAAGUCUACUUCCCGAUCAUCGUGCAGCAGCCUCUCUUGCUGGUCUUCUUCUUGCCGAUCCUGAUGUUCGUGUCCAUCACUCUGAUGAAUCUCAUUACGGCGGUUCUGGUCGAGAACGCGUUGGAGUUCGCAGCCCAUGAGGCCGAAGCCGAACGAAUCAAGACCAAGCAGCGGGUCAAGGAAGCGCUCCCCCGGCUCUUGGAGAUUUUCAACGAAAUCGACGAGGAUGCUUCGGGAUGCGUCACGCACGACGAGAUCGAGAAGGUUUCUGUGGACGUCUUGCCGCCGCGGCUCUUGGAAACUGUAUCAGUGGACAGCAUGACAGACCUCUUCGAACUCUUGGACGUUGAUGGGAGCGGCCGCCUCACUCGCGGGGAGUUCGUGGAAGGCCUUUUGAACCUCGUCCUCAUGGACGUGCCUAUCUGGACGAUCCAAUCCUUGAAACUCCUUCGGCUAAUACGAGGCCAGACAUUGAAGCUGGACGAAGAGCUUGCUUCACUGAAGGCUUCUCUCUCCAAAGACGAAGGGGCCAUUUAA